AUGUACCGACUUCUCACUCUUGUUCUCCUCCUAUUCAUCACAGGGUGUGUGGAAAAUAAAAAAUCGCCGUACCGAACGGAACGGAUCAACUUCAUUUACGAGAAAGCUUUGCAGCAUGUCACAGACAGACAAAAUUUAGCAAGACUUGAGGCAAAAUCACCCAGUUUUUUUUUUGAAAAAAAAAAAUUUUUCCAGAAAGAGCUUUCCGGAUAUGACGCGAUCUACUUGGCAUCGAAGUCAAAUCGUCAAGGAGCUCAAGGAACCAAAGAACUCGACAAAAUUGAUGAUAAAUUGGCAACGAUUCUCGAGAAGUAUGGAUUAGAGAAAGCAGUCAUGGCUUUCAAAGAGAAAUAUAAGCAUAAGAAUCUAAUGCAACAAACUGAUGAUAAUGAGCCACUUCCCAGUGACAAGUUCACCGACCAAAACCUGCAAAAACUUUGGAGCCAAGCACAAACCGGAAAAUUCUCUCAGAAAGAUCUUCAUUCUCUUCAUGGAGAGCUGAAGGAAGUUGAAAGAAAAAUGAGAAUUUAUGAAGAUCAACUUGAAGAUUUCAAGAAAGUUCCCCAUGAAAAUUCCAUUCAUCACGAUAUUGAGAAUAUUGGAGAGAAAACUAAAAAGUUGAAAGCGGCAAAUAGAGAAUACAACGAUCACCUCGAUGAGGUUCAUCGAAGAGUGACAAGUGAAGAAUACUCUCCAUUCAGUGAGCCGCGUGUCAAGAGAUUAUGGAAAUUGGCACAGGAGAAUGAGAAGCUGUCUCAACACGAGUUGAAUGUGCUGAAAGACGAAUUAUCCCAUUUUGAGAGCCAAUUGAAGAAAAUUGAGUUUCACAAGGAAGAAGUAUCUCGUCUCCAAGAGGAUGCCGAAGAACGUGGAAAAAGCAAAACUCAAGUCUACGAAAACUUGGAAUUGAGCAUCAAACAUGAGAAGCUGAAUCGAAAAGCGCGAAAACUGGAAAAGUACCUCGAAGAGAAGAUCAUCAUUCAUCGGGAGCUCUAG